AUGAACCUGGGGAACAGUGAGCCCCGCCAAGUCGCUGGCGAAUCAUCCCUUCAAAGCAGCCACGGGGCUAACAAGCGUCGCCGCCACGAUCAAAAUGGCGGAGGAGAUGACGGCCCGAAAUACCCUGGAGAAAAGCCGACAAUAGUGUCAUUCGAAUGUCUGUUUUGCAAAGAAAACCCGCACCGAUAUCCGGAGUGUAGGGGCUUACGAUUAACUCGUCUAUCCGAUGUCAUUCAACACAUCAAGCGCCAGCACCUGCUGGUCGAAGUGAGGCUAGGGGCCGGAACAGCUAUACCAGAGCAUAUAAUACUCUAUUGUGCAAGGUGUCGCUGUCAGUUUUGUGGCAUCGGUGCUGCGUUUAGACUCGAAGUCCACUCGAAUGAAAAAGUCAAAUGCCGGCCAGUCACUAUCGAACAAGGCGGGGUUCUGACACCCAAAGAAUUCGAAGAGUUAAAGUCAGAGCUUGGAUCAUGCAAGUGGAAGAGUGAAGAAGAAAAGUGGUUCAUUAUCUGGGUUAAAUGCUUUCCAGAGAAAGAUCCUCCACGGUCACCCAAAGCUGAAAUUAGUGUUCCACGUCUACAGUUGGAGUCGAUACUUCACUAUGAGCUUGGAUCUAUACAAGGCUUGAAGCCAGAGCAAGUCCAGUCGAUCGUUACACGAUCUGCGGAUAGAAUCUACAAAACUUCGUCCCAGCCCCGAAACAGCCCUACUGUACCCCUACAAGCACAGUCGAAUGCUUUGCAGACGACACCAGUGCCAACCCACGAUACCACAACCUACGUGCAUUCUGAUACAGAAUUCGCAACUCAUACUUUGCAACCACAAAUACAAGACUUUGAUUACAGCUCUGACCCAACCUAUCUUGGUGUUCAUGGAACGCCGACUGGGGGUCAGGAAGAGAAUUCCUUUGACUGGAAUAAUACGUUAAUUAAUUACAGUGCACCAAGUCCAGUUCCGGACUCUGGAGCACAUACAACUUCUGGGAGCAACUUUGUUGACGCUGGAUUUUUUACUGCUCCCGUCUCUGGCUAUCCUCCAGUUCCCUAUGUUGGAUAUCACACCGGCUCCUUCGAGUCGGCAAGUCAAGACGAUGGAUACUUGAAUACACACAGGAAAACUACAGGUCGCCGUGGCUCACACUAUUGA